CAGUCCCCCAAAGACUCGGCGUUAGUCGGCUAGUCGUAGGCGCACGGGCUGGAAGUGACAGACGUUCUCCUGGGAGCUCUUCUGGAGGACGCCACAUACAUGUACUGAGGGGACGCCAUAAAUCUCCUCCAGGAUGGCCUCCUCCAUCAAGGCUCUCCAGCAGUGGUGCAAGCAGCAAUGCGAUGGAUAUCGUGACGUGAGCAUCACGAAUAUGACCACAUCGUUCAGGGACGGGCUGGCUUUCUGUGCCAUUCUACAUAAACACAGGCCUGACCUCAUAAAUUUUAACUCCCUUAGCAAGGAGAAUGUCUAUGAGAACAACCACCUGGCUUUCCGUGUUGCUGAGGAACAGCUCGGGAUUCCAGCUCUCCUGGAUGCGGAAGAUAUGGUCAUACUGAGGGUCCCGGACCGACUCAGCAUUCUGACUUAUGUCUCCCAAUACUACAAUUACUUCCAUGGACGCUCGCCCAUUGGAGGCAUGGGAGCUGUAAAACGACCUCCUCCAGACACUCCUGAAGAACCCGCUGGAAAAAAACUAACCAAUCAUGUUCCUCAGCCCACAACCACUCCUCAACCAGCAAAGAAGAGCAGCCCGGCGGUUGUAGAGAAUGCUCCAGUUCGAGCGGGUAUUAGAGAAAUUAAUCCUAACAGCGCAGUAAGCAGCAACUGCCAUAUCUGUGGUAAACAUGUCCACUUGGUCCAGAGGCACAUGGCUGAUGGAAAGCUCUAUCACAGAAAUUGCUUCAGGUGUAAACAGUGUUCGAGAACAUUGCAACCAGGCAGUUACAAAAUAGGAGACCAUCCGGGUACAUUUGUCUGCACAAAUCACCAUUGUAACACUCCCUCCCCUACAUCUACUAGUGUCUCUUCCACUGGACCAUAUGCACCUGUGGUAUCUUCUUCAGGGGGUAAUCGGAGCAGCCCAGUUCCAACUAGUCAACCAUUUAGCUCUCCGAACAGCAGAAGUUGGCAAAGUACCACAAGUCCAUCUGUCCCAACUUCAACCAGCAGAACUGCUACUGGCUUUGCCAACAAAAACACUACUGAUGUCCCGAGAACAAUAGGGCAAGAGUCUGGAUAUAAGACCACUCCUACUGUACAAUCUCCAGCCAAUAAGGAUGUUCCUACUUCUGCAAGCACAACCAAAUAUGACUCCACAAACAGGAUGGCACUGGGAUUUUAUGGUAGCCCCGAAUUAAGAAACAAUGCCUCUAGUCCAUUGGGGCCAAAUAAGGACAAAAUGGCUACAAAUAUGUCCAACAGUCCAACAACUGGUUAUUUACAGGCAGGCAAAGGAAUCAAAGAUAUUAGUCAUAUUUCUUCAUCCCAGAACAACUCUCAGAGAGACGCCCAAAAAGAUUUGGGGCGCACUGCUCAACAAACCAAAUUGACUGGUGCCUCGGGAAAUACCAUAACAGUGUCUUCUCUGUCUACUGGAAAGUGGUCUUCACCAUCUACUAAAGAUGACACAAAGGAAGCGGAUACCUCCUCGAAGCCUUGGGUUUCAUCAGCUGCAAAAAAAAAAGAAGCCCGUGACAAGUUUUUUCAGUCAAGUCCCAUUGUUCCGGAGCCAACAACAAAUCCGUCAUCAAAUGUUCAAGAAUCUCCCAAAAUAUCUGUGUCCAAUGGACUUGGAAGAACAGACACCCGUCUAAUUCGCCUGUGUAAGGGCAACUUUAAGAAUUUUAGACCAUUGUUACUGGAUCCUCAGCCAAACGGAACAACAGUUAUUACUUCCAAAAUGGAGCCUGAGAAACCUGUUCCGAAGGAAAGAAAAAAUAAAGUGCCAACAUCUGUGUCAAGUCCUGAGCCCCCAAAACGUCAGUCAACCCCAUCAGUCAGUAUCAACAAAGGAAUUGGAACGCCAAGGUCAGAUAAGAGUCCUGUACCAGCACCUCGUACACAGACUGCACAGCCUAGUGGUCCUGGUCCUGGCAGAGCCCAGAAGGUGGACGACGACUCUUCGAAAACACAAAAUACUGGCAAUAAAGCGGCAAAAUCUGAAGCCCCCGAGGACUGGAGGUCGAUGCUGAAGUCUGUGGACAAGAAACCUGUUGUCCAACGUACCGUGCAUGAGCCGAAGCCAGCGCCAAAGGAGCCGGAGAGCACUACAACUCCCAAGAAACAAACAACUAUAACCAUCAUCGCUCCAAGUCCUGCAAACAAAGAGAACAAGCCAGUUGAGCCGCCUGUGCCCACUGUUACACCAAGCUGGGUGGUCACAGAAUUGCCCAAAGUGGGCCCCGGUAAGAAGAAACUUCUGGUUGCCAAAAUAGACCUGUUAAAUGAUUGGCCCCAACCUGAGCUAAAGUGGCAGGAGGGCGCCAUGACCCACGACCCCGAGGUGCCUAGUUGGCGUUCACACUGGACAUCGGACAAAGAAACCUUGAAAAGCUCUUCUACAGAUAAACUCCCUGUUAAAAACUCCAUUCCAACUUUUGUGGAAACCAACGACGUUGCCUCCUCUAACAAGAUUCGCCCUGAAUACAUUCCAGAAAAAGAGAUCCAGAGACAGCUGGAAAUCAUUGAGCAAGAACUGGACUACCUGGAGCAGCAAGGAGUGGAGUUGGAGAAACAGCUGCGUAGUUGUGAUGGAGAUGAAUCGGAGGACUCGCUUAUGGUGGACUGGUUCAAGCUCAUUCAUGAGAAGCAACUUCUGCUGAGACAGGAAUCUGAGCUCAAUUACAUAUCCAGGCAGCAAGCUCUGGAGAACCAGCAGCAGGAUGUGGAGACCGAGCUUCGCAACCUCAUGAACAAGCCAGAGCAUCUGAAAUCUCAAAACGACAAGACCAGGGAGAAGGAACUUCUGGAUAAAUAUCUGCUCAUAGUCAAUGACAGGAGUGAGAUUAUCGAAUGCCUAGAUGAAGACCGAUUACGGGAAAAGGAAGAGGAUGAAAUGAUGGAAAAUAUGAUCCGAAAACAUUCAGAUUCCCAACAGAAGCAGCCCAGUCCAGAGCCGAACCUGAAGAGGAGAUCCCGAUUCAGCUUUUCAGGCUGGUUAAAGCCCAAAGAUAAGAACAAAACUUAAGACCGCCAUGAACGGCGGCAGGAGCCACUUUUGCAGUAAGCCGCGGUAUCUUGCACGUGACGUAUUGUGGAAACACUGGAUCACCAUUCAUAAGCUGAACUCAUCCCUGGACUUUAUCCUGGUUGUAGGACAAUCGCGAGCGAAUCUAUUGCCGCCGCUAACCCUUCGCUCUCCGCAAUGUUUGCACGGCUAUUGUAUAUUACUGCAGGAACGCCUCUGGAUAUUCCGACUGUCUCAGGAGCUCGGUUUGCAGGUGGAGGUGUCGGGUUAUACUAGCGCCGGCUUCCUUGAGUGAGUCAUGCAGUAUCUGAGAAUUUCCCGUCUUGCGUCCUGAUGUUUACACGAGGCCUGGACGAUACUGUGAGCUGGCUGGAUCUGCCAGUCACCUUCCGUCGUGUGCAAGGGCUGAAGGAAGGUGAUCCCGCAAGCGCAGGCCCAGGAAGCCUUCACGGAUCGGGGCUGUACAUGGUGACGAGGAAUGCUCUGCAGAACACCAGCCGUGUCCUCCACCCCCUCCUUCUGUCUGCUGACUAUGUCACCUAUCUGUGAAGAGCCAAGUCCCUGCUGAGCGAGAUCCAAAGUCUAUUGUCUUGGGCCUGGCCUAGCACGAUAUGGAAAGUUUACACAGAGGACUGCGAAAAUUCCUUGAGCACGUUUUGGGCCGCGCUCGGUCAGCCCUGUGUUUUCUUUUGUCUUUUUAUUUUUUUAUUUUAUUUUUUCUGUGCAAUUUGCCUCUUCUAUUUAAAAGCCGUCUCCGUUUUGUAAGUUUGGAGAUUUCCUGAAUAAAUAUAUGGUUUAUUAUAG